AUGUCCCAAGAGGCCGCGGAGCCGAUCUUUAGCGUUUUCGACGAACUGGUGCUUCAGAACUUUCGCUCGAUUCUGCGAGAAAGACUAGAUGACCACGCUCUUCUGAGUGCCGUCAUGCUUACAUUUUCAUUUGCAUCAGCAGCCGGUAGCAUCAACAGGGAGUGCCUCGAGUAUCAGGGAGAGGCUUUGACGUCCAUUCGUCAAAGGAUGAGUUCUCCGGAUAGAGCUACUAUGGAAUCCACACUAGGGGCAAUUCUGCUCCUCGCCGGUAUAGAGGCUCGGCUUGGAAUGCCACGUCAGGUCCAACUUCACAUGGGCGCAAUACAGCAGCUUCUUGACGUAUGUGGCAGAAAAGGUGUAUAUUUGAGUGACGGUAUCAAGCGUGCCAUCUUCUGGUCAGACCUGAAUUCUUCGGUCAUGACCGGGUCGAGUCGGAUUGUUGAUCAUAAAACCUUUGCCGAGCUUCAGUGGAGAAGAGAUCCUCUCUCCCCAGAUUUCUUCAUCCUACCACCUGGCUUUCAAGCCCAGGCACAUUUUCUGGGUGAAGAUUUUGCUGAGGUCCUCAAAGACGUCUUUGCAUUGCAAUGUAUCCGAGACUCUGCCCUCUUCGGCAGGGAGGAUGUAAUCUCGAUGGCACACAUUGAUAACCACCAAGCAUCUAUCCAGUCGAAGCUGGUGAGCUUACCAAAUCAUUCGAGUAUCUCUGAAUGUUGCCAGCUAGCGGCAUAUUUAUGCUCAACUAUGCUGCGCUGCAAACUUUGGCGUACUUCAACUAUUCCCUCCCAUAUCUCCUUGCAGUUACUCUGCAAACUACAACAAGCAGCUGACGAUAUCAUAUGGGACGAUGUGCCUGAUUUACUAGUUUGGCUUUUGCACAUCGGCGGGGCUUUUGCUCCUACAGGAUCUAUACGAUCAGGUUACGUGAGCCUAUUACAUUCGAACCGCUGCAACCGGCUCAGAAAGCUGUACACAUCAUGGCCAGAAUUGCGUGAGAUCCUCGAGCAAUUCAUUUGGUCAGAAAAGGCAUUCAUGUCCCAGGUGACGGCAUUCUGGGAAGAAAGUUCCGUCUAG